AUGGCAAAUUCAACGGCUCGGUCGUUUCUACAAGUGGCAGUUACAGAGGAAGUUGCUUCUCCUCUCAGAGUCGUUCAGAUCGAGGGACUGGUAAUAUUAAAGAUAAUCAAGCAUUGCAAGGAGUUUUCGCCAGCUCUGGUUACAGGGCAACUUCUUGGGUUAGAUGUUGGCAGUGUUCUGGAAGUUACGAAUUGUUUCCCCUUCCCGGUCCGUGAGGAAGACGAGGAGGUCGAAGCAGACGGAGCUAAUUAUCAGCUUGAAAUGAUGAGAUGCUUGAGAGAGGUUAAUGUUGACAAUAACACUGUUGGAUGGUAUCAGUCAACCUUAUUAGGUUCUUAUCAGACAGUGGAACUGAUUGAGACCUUUAUGAAUUACCAGCUUUUUCCAAACCUUGACAAGGUGGUUUUCUUAGAUGAUGACAUUGUAAUUCAACGUGAUCUGUCUCCGCUUUGGGAGAUUGACCUUGGUGGAAAGGUUAAUGGAGCUGUUGAAACCUGUAAAGGUGAAGAUGAAUGGGUAAUGUCCAAGCGAUUCAGGAAUUACUUCAAUUUUUCUCAUCCCCUCAUAGCAAAGAAUUUGGACCCUGAUGAAUGUGCGUGGGCUUAUGGGAUGAAUAUCUUUGAUUUACGUGCAUGGAGAAAGAAAAAUAUAAGGGAGGCUUACCAUGCUUGGCUGAAGGAGGAGAACAUAAAAAGAUGUGUUUGUGUUAUCUAUGAUCCCUCAAAGUCCAACCAAGGUGUCUUAGCUCUGAAGGCCUUGAAGCUUUCUGAUUCUUUCAUGGAACUUUACCGAAAUAAUAAUUUUACGGGGGAGAAGUUAAGAGAGAAAAAUCUGUCAUGGGUUGAUAUCUUUGAAGAGAUACCGAUAAAGGUUUCAAAUUCUGCUCUUAUCAGCGCUUUCAUGACUGAGCUCGAAGCCGACACACCUGUCACCCAGUGUGAUUAUGAUCGGCUACAAUUAUCAACCAAUCCAUUUUUGGAGAAGAAUGUAGAAUUUUUGAUCGAAUGCAUGGACGAUUUAUCAAUGGAACAGCAAAAGUUCCAAUACUACUAUCGGAAUCUGUCACGCCAGCAGGCCCAGCAGCAAGCAUGGCUUCAAAAGAGAAGGUAA